AUGGCGCCUCCCAGGUGGACGAGCGCAGACCAGUUACUCUGGCUGCAGAAUGAGCUGCCCAACUACCUGCAGAUGCAAAAAGAGAAGAAAUUAUCAAGAUUUUUCGAGGCGCUGUUUCCAAAGUGGUUCAAUGACUUUCCAGAAGAGGUAGAGCUAAACAGCAGCGCACCUUGUGUUGAGAACACUGGUAUUGAUGAAUGUGGUGGAGCUACUAUUGACUCUAUGAACGAAACAGUCCAGCCGGAUCUUACAAACAUAUCUGAAUCCGCCGAACAAGAAGAGAGUGAGUCAAAUUCACGACCGAUGCAAGCAGGAGAACGCCGUAAACAAUUGCGGGAAUGGUUUCGGAAUAAUUCAAAGGGAAAAACUACACCUGGCAGUAGCUCAACCGGUAAAGCCCUAUCUGCACUACUUGGUCAGCGUGCAAGAGGCACUCGAGACCUCAAAGAGGUUGAAGUGUAUUCUAAACUUCACUAUGAGUCGAAAGUUAAACCAUUGGUGUCUGACGCACUUAAAAAUAAUCCCGUACAACCUGCACAAAGGCUUAGUGCAGUCCGGCAGCACACCACCGAUUGCUUUGCGGAUGAGUCGGAAGAAGUCAAAAAAGAAAUUCGGGAGGAGACUGCACGUCUUAAUGCUGCCAGAAGAUUGGGAGAUGUUGUGGGACAGGAUUCGAGAACGAAAGAAGAAGUUUAUCAUGCAAUUCAAGAGCUACCAAUCCUUCUAGGUCAAAUAUUCGAGGACCUCUCAAUAUUGACGGGCGGAUGGCACUACACCCUUGUCAUGGGUGGAGUCGACCCAAUGUGUGAAGGCGACAUUAUGACAGUUAAGGUCUACCACCACGGUAAAACUGCAGAUGGUCUGAGCUUCAAGGCAUGCACGCCGAACUUCCAUGACCAGUAUUUGUUACCCUUCGAACGACACCUUGGGCGCGUCUAUGGCGCAUCUUCAAAGCUGCCGGCGGCUCCCUCAUCCACCCCAACCUCACCUCACCUUCCACCUGGCCUGAUCUCACUGGAUGAGGCUUUGGACGAGUCCUCACUCAGAGAUCACCAUCCUUCUGUGCUUGAUCCCUCUCUGGACUUCAAUGCACUUGCAGGAACGAAUGGACAUGGUGAAUGGUUGAUGCGCACUAGUAGUAGUGACCCAAACCCCAUCACAUCUCCUCACAACACGACAGACACUCCAAUCACCGCUUGGAGAAAGUCAACAGCGCUCAAUGAAGACCCGCUAACCACAUCCCCCACCUUUAAUCGCACUCAAUGGCCAGGUGUCAGAGCAGCUGAUCCAUCAGUCGAGGCUAUCCCUCCUUACAUACUUCAUCCGUCGUCGUCGUUUGACACCACCGUCUUGCCCCAGCCUGCUUCGCUCUUGGCCGAGAAAAUGAAUAGAUUUUCUGCGCUUGAGGAGGCCAAUGGACUAUCCAUGGAACCGCAUGGAAAUUCAUUGCCGUUCAACCAACCGAUGUUCAAUUUGGGGCCGCAUGCACGUCCAGACCCCCAAAUUCCAUUGUCUUUGCUAGCGAGUAUCACAGAGUCACUCCUGCCUACAUCCACACCGCCCGAGUCAAUGUAUUCCAAGUCCACCACACACCAACCCCCAUCAGCUCCUCAUCAACCAACAUCUCACGCUGUUGAAGGAGAAUACCAAUUUUCGCCGGCUUCUCACCAACCGAUACCUCACAACGUCGAAAGAGAGCACCAAUUCCCACCAGCUCCUCACCAACUGACAUUUCGUGACAUUGGAGGAGAUCGUCAAUUCCCGCCGACACCUCACCAACCGACACCUCACAACAUUGGAGCAGUUUUCCCUCAUACUAAUUUGGAGGCAGGGGCAACGUCAUCCAUUGACCGGGGGUCUUCGGCAGCUUCUCGGCAGCUGACACCUUGUGACAUCGGGGGAGUCUUGGCUGGUGAAACUCCCCAACCUGAUUUGGAGAUGGAGACAGUGUCCUCGUUACCUGUUGCCCCCACUGCCUCCAACAGACGCACCAGGCGCGCACCAUGUCCUUCUACACGAGCAGCCGAAGCCAACAAAAUUGGUCACAAGGAAGGAACAAAACCCGCACCAAAGAGGAAGCAGAGCGAGGUCCAGCGCAGUAGUGAGGGCCCAAAGAAAAAGUCUCGCAAGUAG